GCGCGCGGUCGCCUAACGGUUUUUAGCAUUUUCCCCUCCACCUCGAUUCCCUGCUCGUGAGCUGGUGUCCGGCAUGUCCAGCAAUGGGGGCCUACCAUUUCGCUUUACCGACGAGCGUCACAUGAAGUUCGUGGAGCUCUACAGCCGUGAGCCGUGCCUGUGGAACCGUCGACCAUAUCUGUGGGGUGCUCGGAACGCCGCCUACAAGCGCAUACAGCUCGGCAUUAACGCCGAGACGGAACCCAAUGAAAACUCGAUAACAUUGCAGGGUGUCAAAAUGAAAAUCAAGAAUAUGCGCACUGGCUAUCAUCAGGAACUAAAGAAGAUCAGGGCUAAUCCAAGGUACACACCGAAAAUUCCUUGGUUUGCUCCGUUACACAAGUUUCUCGCACAGUUUCUGGACAAGAAAUCAGACGAGGAGGUGGUGCUGGUUCCUUCACCGCCCCUAAAGCGUCUGCAGAUCAAAUUGCCGCGCCUGAAGACAAUCAAGCUCCUGCCGCUGGAGUCCGAAGAGAAGCCCGAAAUCAAAAUGGAACUCGAGCCAAGCCAACAGGUGUUCAUACCAACCACAGCUCUGCCCCUCAUGCCCACGCUGACGCCACCCCCGCCGCUGCGCCUAAUCACACCACCAGCUCAACCGCCCUCGCCAGUCCCACCUCAAAUACUCGAAGUCACCUCACUGCCCACAGUGAACCCCACGUUAGUGGACCGACCGCGGGCGCUGCAAUCAACGGGCGAUGAUGAGUUUACAUAUUUCGGACUUAGCGUUGCGGCCCAACUGCGCAGCAUGCCCCUCUCGAAUGCGAUGAUCAUGCAGUCCAAGAUUCAGUAUAUGCUAUCGAUGGAGCGUCGUAGGAUUGGCGGUGACACGACCGAGGCGAACUUGUUUGCGUAAUUGGGCCAGGAAAUGGAGGAACUGAAUGAAUCUUAUAAAAGAUACAGCUUAAUGGUUCCGACUAUUAGGAAGAUAACUCAAACUAUGAAUGUACUUGAAGCUUUACAGGAAACAACAGAAAAAAUAUACGAAUAUCUUUACUCCUGCUUAUGUGUGAUUUAAAAAAUAUUAUUUAUAAAUUUCCUAAGAACGGCUAAGUGUGGAAGUUUUUAAUUAAGUGUAAUUUUAAAUAAUCUGAGACAAUGUGCAAAAAUCUUUUGAUAAA